GCCCAGAAGGCCAGAAAAGCCCAGGAAGCAAACAUGUUCAGCCUUCGGAUCCAGUCCGUCGACUUCCCCGACGACGCGGCCACCGCCGUCGCCGCCGGCGAAGUCGGCAGCACCUCUCACCCUCUCUCCCCGCGCUCCGGCGAGCCGCUCCCCUCCACCACCACCGCCUCCGUAACGGUGCCUCUCGAGCUGCCCGGCGCGACCUCCGCGGCGCCCGCCCGGAACCCUAGGAUCAACCAUACCCGCGGCAUCCUCCACCUCUACCGCUCUUCCUCCCCGUCGUCAUCUACCGCCUCUUACGCUUCCGCCGUCGCCGCUACUCCAUCCUCUUCCUCAUCCGGACUUGCCGCCUCGCAGCUCGCCACCGAUUGCCUACUCCCGCCAUGGCGCGGCACGAGCCUCCUGGUGCUCGCCGUCCCGACACGCGUCACACCAGACGACUUCGUCCGCUUCUGCGGCCCCUACAUCGAACAUGCAUCAGAUAUCAAUGUUAUCAGGGAUGAUGGGGUGGAGGAUCGGUAUAGCGUGCUCGUGGAGUUUGAGGAUCAGAAGAGUGCCGAUGGGUUCUACUUGGACCUCAAUGGUUGGAGGUUCUCGUCCUCGGAGGUAGAGGUUUGCCAUGUUCUGUUUAUAGUUGCUGUGCAAUAUACACCAUCCACCGAGCUAAUGGUGACUCCACCGGUUGGAUCUACUGAGCUGCCGACAUGCCCUGUCUGUAUUGAACGAUUGGAUCAAGACAUCAGCGGAAUUAUGGCAGCCACUUGUGAUCAUUCAUUCCAGUGUUCAUGUGUUUCAAUGUGGGUCAAUUCAUCUUGUCCGGUUUGUCAGUUUUGUCAGAAGCAGUCUAAGAAUCCUACAUGUUCUGUUUGUCAAACCUCUGGAAACCUCUGGAUCUGUAUAAUAUGUGGUUUUGUUGGAUGCGGAAGGUAUGAAGAAGGCCAUGCAAUUAGACACUGGAAAGACACUCAGCACUGCUAUUCACUCGAUUUGGAAACUCAACGUGUUUGGGAUUAUGUUGGUGACAGUUAUGUCCACCGACUUAAUCACUCCAAAAGCGAUGCGAAGCACUCUAAAUUCAAGUCAAAGUGUAAAUAUUCUGGUGACGACUGUGUAAACUGCUCCUGCAAUGAUGAUGAAGAUAUUGGCAGUGCUAUUUUCAGCAGCAAAGCAGAAACAAUUGUGGAUGAAUACAACCGCCUUCUUGCUAGCCAACUUGAAACUCAGAGAGAGUAUUAUGAGGCUCUGUUGUCAGAAGCUAAGAAAGAAAGGGAAGAACGCAUUUCUGAUGCUGUGGAUAAAGCUGUAAAUGAUAAGAUUCAGGAGAUCCAACAAAAGUUUGAAAAUGCAAUGUUGGAGAAAAAGAAAGUUGCAGAUAUGAAUGAAAAACUCACGAAGAGCCAGGACAUAUGGUGCCGGACACUAAAGGAAAUAGAGGAAAGGGAGAGGGCUCAACUGAAGUUGAAAGACGAUACAAUUCGUGAUCUAGAAGAACAGAUAAAAGAUUUCAAAUUUUCCAUCAAGUUACAGAAGUCGAUCGAGAAGAACGAAAAUGCUGAUGAUCUCAAAGGAGGUUUGCUGGUGCCACUCCCAGUGGUUCCAGACUCAGGAACCAAAGGUAAAAGAUCGUCAAGAACAAGCAAGAGGAGGAAUUAGUACCUGCAUUUGUUAUACAUAUGUGACGGGCAAUUUGGUUGGCUAGUCUCUGCCAAUCAAGUACGAUAUGACACAUUCACAACAAAUAGAACGUGCAAUAUUAUUCUACUAC